ACCAGGUGCCGCUCAUCCGCUGAACUCCACAACCUAUCUUUCGCAAACAAAACGAAAUUCACUCCAAGACCCGAUCCAGAACACUGUAUUUCAGUCACAUAGCCCCGUCCUCAUCACCUGAAAUCUCCACAAAACAACCCUUAUCGUCCCUAAAUCCCCUAAGCUUGCAAUGUCGCAGCAAGCUCCCAACCAGCCGUCCCGCCGCACGCCGGCCGAUUCCGGUCUCCCCCAAGGCCAAGAUCGGGUGGAGCAACUCGAAGCUUUACAGUCUUAUGAAUCCUCGAAUCCACAGAGCGAAGAUGAUGCCAAUCAAGCAACCCUACAGCGCGAAUUCCCAAACAUCGACGGUAGUCUGAUCGCAGCGCUAUACGGAGAUUCGAAGAGUUUGAGCGCAACGAGGGAGAUGCUUAUGGAGCUGUCAUCCACUGAUAAUCAGUGAAGCAUGAUGAAGUAGAAGAAAGGAGAUGUAUAAGAGGAGCCUUCCGUCAAGUUGACAUCUUGAAUACUGGGAGCUGCAUACUGUC